GCCUACUGUAUGUUUAGUAAGUUGUGUUUUCCGUUGAUCAUCACAGCAAAGUUUGCAUAAUCUACCAAUCAAGUUUCGUUUCUGACUGACAGAGCUAAGUCAUAAGACUCAGCUGUUGAUUCUCCAGAACCACUUCACCAAAAUGUUUUCAUGGGGAGAGGACUGUGAGCAGGGCUUUCGGUUGAGAGCUGGCUCAACUAUAUCAACAGGUGACCGAGUUCACUUUUUAAAUCUGAGUUUUAACAUCACGGCUGUGUCAGCAGGUCACAAUGUGCUCGCCUUCAUCAAAAGCAGUGGAGAUGCAUUCAUCAUUCGCACAAAUGAGAGCACAGAUGGGAUAAGGGUCAGAGGAAAACAGAAGUUUGUGAAGUGUAAAGAGAAGAUUCAGGCUGUGAGUUGUGGUGAUGAUGUGGUCACACUGCUGUCUGAGAGAGGAACAGUUCUCUGUGUGGACGCAACUUGCCCUUACAUUCCAAGUGUGCCGCUACCUGUUCAACUGCCCCAGGACAACAAUCCCAUACUUAGAAACAUCUACGCAGGAGGGAACUGUUCGUUUGCAACGUGCACACCUGUUCAGGAAGUUGAUGAGAAGUCAAACACUGACAGUGUCAACUAUGUCAAACAGCACUCUAUUGAGGACAUGAUUAACAUAUGGGUCUCUAAAUGUGAUUUAAAAUCAUCAAAAACGAUAAAACAGGAAAUCCACAGGACGUUUUCCUCUGCAUCCUUUAUGAAUCGAGUCUUCCUUGACCAAAGCAGAGAUAAACAUUUCCAGACCUCACCAAAGUACUCCGGCUUGAACUUGUCACUUGUGCAACCUGCUUUCAAGAAACUUGAGAAGAAAGACAAUGUUUUGGCAGAGGUUGAGGCUGCUGUCCUACACGUGCUUCCCUCUUUCAAUGAGACGUCUGUGGGGGUUGAGGGGUUGAGGAUCUUCCUGCUUCUCAAUGAGCUCCUGCAUGUGAUCCAGAGACACCACCCGCUUCGGAGCAUGAAGCUCGCUGAGGCGGUCGCUGCUGCCACGCAAAGACUGUCUGCUGAAAGCCUCCAGGUCAUAGGGGACUGGUGGUCCACCAUGGUUAGACAUGUUAAGGUGUGGAAGCAGGCCCUCUCACUGAUCCUGUCCAAUAAGCCUGUUCCUCGCAACUCUGGAGUCAGAAACCUGCUACUAGUCCUCCAGUACAUGUACAACGCCAACAAAGGGAUUGCAGGACGUCAGAGAAUCCCAGAAAAAACGUUUUGUUUGGGGAUAAGCGAAACAUUUCUUUACGAGGAUCUGCAGAUUUGGCAUUCAAUGUCAAAAGUCAAGGAUAUGGAUGAUCACCCACUUGUCCUUUGUAACUUCCCAUUUGUAAUGGAUCUGAAAUCAAAGAAACUGGCUUUUGACAUCAAUGCCGAAAUCACUCAGAAAGAACACCAGGCAAAUGAGAUUCGGUCUUUUGGAUGGGUUCCAAAUCCUUAUUUCGAACUGAAGCUGAAGCGAGCAUCACUUUUGGAAGGCACCUUUAAAGAACUGGCUGCUGCUGAUCACAGUGCCCUCAAGAAGCCACUUGUGGUCUAUUUUGAUGAGGACCCAAAGGUCACAGAUGUCUACAAAAGGGACCUUUUUCACCACUUGUUUCUUGAAAUGGUGUCAACUAAAUCUGGAAUGUUCAUGUUCAAUGACUCCGAAACGCUGGCAUGGUUCCCCUCCACAGCAAAAGAAGAGGACAAGACAAACUUCUUCCUGGUUGGGGUUCUGUGUGGAUUGGCCUUAUACAACAAGAGUAUCAUCCACUUCCCCUUCCCACUGGCUCUGUUCAAGAAGCUGCUGGAUGUGGAGCCAACACUGGAGGAUAUGAUGGAAUUCAGCCCAGUUGUUGGAAAGAGUCUGCAGUACGUCUUGGACUAUGAAGACGACCUAGAAAACCUGUGCUUGCCUUAUUCGAUGGACUGGAAUGGGACAGAGAUUGACCUUGAUCCCCAAAAUCCUGGAAAGACAGUGACAAGUCAAAAUAAGAAGGAGUUUGUGGAUGCCUACGUGAGACAUGCCUUCAACACAUCAGUGGAGAGUGUGUUUCAGGAGUUUAAGCGUGGCUUCUUCCAGGUGUGUGACAGGGAUUUGGUGAAGCUGUUUCGGCCAGAGGAGCUGCAGCAAGUGUUGGUGGGCCAAGAUGUCUAUGACUGGGCAAAACUGAAACAGAACACAGAGUGGGAACUUCGUGUUGGCUACCCCACCAUGCAGAUGUUUUGGGAGGUUUUUGAUGAACUGACUGAAGACCAGAGGAAAGAUUUUCUUUGGUUCCUGACUGGUUUCAGAAGGGUUCCUAUUCUUGGCAUGGACCAGGUCCAGAUGAAAGUUCAACUUAUGCAAAUCCAGGGCGGUCAGCACUACGAUCAGCACUUCCCUUGUUCUCUGACAUGUCACUCUAUUCUGGAGCUGCCCUUAUACUCAUCCAAGGAGAUUAUGCGAGACAGGCUGACAGAGGCCCUGAUAACAGAGAGAGGAUUCUCGCGAUGACGGCUCAAUUUCUGGCCCUACCUCAGGAUUCACACUAAAUCACGGUACUGAAGGAAUAUGACCAGACGACUUUAAAGCAUGUACAUUGAAAUAGAUGACCAAAUCUUCAGCCAUUCUUCCUCAGCAACACUAUGGCGUAGCAGCGUAAAGGAAGGCACUUUAAAGAUCUAUGGGAUUUUUGGGUUUUGAAAAUAGAACAUGCAAUAUUUGAACUGAUAAUUUAAGAUAUUUCAUCUAUUUAUGUUAAUAUCAUGAUUUUUACAACUUCUCAGGAAACGGAAAUGUCUCAUUUUUAAAUGAUUUUUUUUUCACAGACCAAGUUGAAAUAAACAAAAAUAGUGUAGUUGCCAGUUUAUUAUAGGUACACUUGCUAAAUCUAAUGCAAUCCAUUACAACACUAUAAUAAAUCUUAUCUUUGUGAAGAUUAUUAAUGUUCUAACUGAUUAUGUGUCAAGAGGUGUCAGUUAAACUGUAUGGUAAUGUUGGUGUGUUUCCAGUUUAUGGCUCUGUUAUAUGAUUGUAUUAUAUAUUGAGAACACUAAAUGGGGUUGGAGAAAAUAUUUUUAUGACAGUCAGAUAAGCCAAUUGUGUACAUUAGGGGUCUAUUAAGAGAAUGUUCAACUUGGUUUCUGAAAUUUAUGUUGCACUCCAUUCCUGCAGGGUCCUGUUGUCCUAUAUUGUUUUGUCAUGACUGUAUAUUUUGUUUGCACGUCAUACCAUGUAACCAUAGUCAAUAAAAUUAGACAUUAGAAACAA